AUGCCAAGCUAAUCAUUUAUAUAUGUAAAUUCGAAGUCCCAAGAUGCAUCUCAAUUUAUAGUGGAAGUAGUAGUACAGGAAAUAAGCAAAUUGAGCAUAAUUACUAAAUAAAAAUAAUUGGAUUUGGAUACUCAAGAAGAAUUGCAUGUUUAAGCAUAUGAUGACAAAGGAAAUACAUUCACAACAUUGGAAGGCCUUAAAUUUGAAUGGAGAGUCGGUGCAUUGGAAAUGGUUAAGUUUUCUGAAUCCGGACUAAAAGUAUCAGAGAAAAGAGCAAGAUUAGAGUUUAAUAGUGAUAUCAUUGUGGUGAAGGGAAAGAAAGAAGGGAAAGAAACAGUAUUUACUAGAGUGGUAGAGAAGAAAUAUUAUGAAACCAAAAUAGAAACUAAUGUAGAUUUAGUUGUAAUUUAAAAAUUUUAAUUUUCCCCUGAUUAUCCAGUAUAUUACUUACCAACACAUUCUGUUAUCUAAUUCCAUCUAUUGAGAGCAGAUGGAAAAACAAGAAUAAAAUUACCAAGUCAAACUCAUUUAUGGAGUACAACAUCCAAAGUAUCAACCAUUGAUCAGAAUGGUGUUUUGACAACAUAGAAUAUUGAGAGGAAUUUGAAUCUAAAGGUAAUCAAUUCUGAGUACAAUUAAAUCCAAGCAAUCUAUCAUGUAGUGAAUCCUAAGUACAUUGAUAUUGAUAUUUGGGAAGAUGGCAAAGAGAAGAGAGAAGGAAAGGUGACUCAUUUAAUAGUAGGAAAAUUGUACAGAUUCUAAGCCUAUCUCAAGGAUGAAUCACAUUAAAGAAUAUAUUCGACAGAUGUAUUCUCCUAUGAUUCUAAAGAUAUAACAUUGAACGAGUAGACCGUCAUAUCAGAUAGAGAGAGACAAAAUGUUAAAUUAACAUUCCAAAGAGGAACAUUGGAAUCCUCUGUUACUAUUCACUUUGUUAAGCCUAUAUAAAUUUCAACAAUCUUUAAAACCUACAUCCACCUCCCAAUCUACGAACAAUAUAACUUAGUUGUCACUGGAGGAUCAGGAUCUUAUAAAUAUUAGUAAAGAUAUCAAUCACCUACUAUUUUUGAAAUUAAAAGUUCUCACAUACUUGCAGCUAUAGAACUUGGAGAGAACACCUUAACAAUCUAUGAUGAAUUUAAUGUCUAUAACAGUUUAGAAGUGACUGUCUAUGUGACUGAUGUCAGCUAAAUACUUCCAUUUGAGAGGAGAAAAGAAUUGAUAGUGAAUGAAUCCGAUGACACAUUUUAUCAAGCCAUUGGAGAUCCUAAAGUUGGAAACUAUACUUAGUGCAGAGCAGUUAAGUUUACUAUUGAUAAUUUUGAUAUAUUCACCACAUCAUAAAUAGCUGGAGAUCUCUCUAACUAUUUAGUUUGCAAUGGUUUGAAAAUGCAAUCAGCAACACCAGGUCAAUAUAAUCUUCAAAUUAACACUCAAAAGAUCUCUGUAACACAAUAAGUCAGAGUCUAUGACUACUUGCAUUUCGAUAAGCCAUUUUAUUAUGUGACUCCUCAUUCUACUAUUACAACUAAGGUUUUGGGAGGACCAACAACUUGGGAUUAAACACCAUACAAUGAGAAGCUGUCAGAAGGUAUUAUCAAAAUAGACAUGGAAAAAUAUCAUUUCAAUUGUUUCUAGAGCAAAGCUGAAUUCAGAAUUACAAGAAUCAAUAAACAAUCAGAUUUAUUGCCUAAUCCAAAAUUAGUGAGCAAUAGUCUACCUGUAAAAUGCUUAUUACCAGAAGCAUUCAAAAUUUAUAAUGAAAAGAAUCAAGAAGUAAAUUGGUUAUUCAAAGAAGAAACUGUUUAAAUUAGUGUGGUGGCUCUCUAUUAGAAUUUCUUAUUCUACAAUUCCAGCAGUUUGCAUUUAGACCAUUCAACUAGAGGAUUAAAAUAUUAAAAUAGAUAUUUAUCAUAUGAUAUUUAAUCAGGAAUCUCUGAUUGUAAAUUCAUUGUGGCUUCAAAUUCUUACAACAAUCAUAAAGACACAUUCCUUACCAUAAGGAGUGAAUUAGACUUAAUCAUCCAUCACACUUUAAAACUGAUACCAAGUGGAGAACAAUAUGUCCUGAUUGAUUAAAGUGUUUUAUUCAGAAUAGAAUCAUCAACCAACAAUAUACAAUGCUAAUAUGAUAGCAAUAUUAUUGGGUGCGAGAAGGAUUAAGUUACUAUUACUCCAAAAAAAUUAGGUUAAUUCUAAUUAGUAGUUUACGAUUUAUCCUUAAAUUACAGUGUCUCAGCCACCCUUAAUGUAAUCGACCCAUCUCAAUUGAAUUUGGAAUUAAGUUAAUAGAUCACUGUAGUCGGAAAUUCAAUCAAUGCAACCUCUGCAUUCAAUUAUUAUAAGAGAUAAGUACAUGUGACAACUUGGUCAUCACUAAGAUUGAUUGAUACCUAUGGAUUCAACAAUAUUAACUAAGUCAAUAAUCAGUUUUUGAUCACUCCCAAUAGAGAAGGCUUAUUCAAAUUAUAAACACAAUACGAUUCAAUCAAUUCUAAUCAAGUCGAUUUGAAAGUAAUACCCAAGCUGUAAGCUGAUACUGUCUACAUGCCAACCGAAUGUGAGACUCAUGUGUUGUUCCCCUCCUAUUCUUAGUUCACUUAUUCAGCCAUUUCCAAUGAGAAUAUUGAGACUUCAGUUAGUCAAAACAUAGUUACUAUUAAAUCCAAAAAGAUAAAUGGAAAUUACAUAGUCACAGUAUUUUUAAGAUAAUCUAACAUACUAAUUGACUCAGUCGAUAUACCUGUAGUAGUGAAUAAACCAAAUAGAGCAAUUUUAUACUAUGGCAGAAAAAUUGAAUUAGGUUCAUCGGUUAGAAUAGUGGCUGACUUCCUUAUACAAGAUCAUUAGAUGAAUCUUUGUUUGUGUCCAACACAUAAAAUACAUUGGUACCAAGAUGAAAAGUUGGUUUAGACAGCUCCAAAUUCUUUGGGAUUUUCUGUUUCAACAGUUGUAGUUGGAAAAAUUAAUAUCAAAAUCAAAGCCUAUGAUUUAGAGGCUUAGACUUUACUUGAAGUAGAAAGAUUAAACUCUUACACCAGGAACCUAUUUAUUAACACCAAAGCCUUGUAUCAUAUUCCACUUCUAGUUCCUACAAACAGCAGGUUGGCUUUGGGAUAAGAAAUCAAGAGUGUUGAACAAUUGAACAUGAACCUCCCAAAUAUUAUUGAAAGUGAUAGCAUCACCUUGCAACCUCAAUUACUAUUAGCCACGACUCCAAUGUUAAUACAAGUAGAAGAAAUCUAUCAAAUGUAUCCUAUGUCGGAAUUUGUUAAUUUGAAAGUGGAUGAGAAAAUAGAAAUUCCAAUUGCCUACUUGAAUUAAGAAGGAUAUCAAUUUGAAGAUAUAGAAGACAACAAACUCGAGGUCUUGGGAUAUACUAGACACAUAGUGUAAAUUAAGGUGAAUAAUAAUGGAAUUGAAAUUUAAGGUUUGGAUCAAGGAUUUGCAUUGAUCAAAUUAAGUUGUGGAAAUAACAAAAUUGAUUAUAUCCUUGUAAAGGUAGGAGCCACUCUAUUGUAAAUGAAGGCUUAUCUUGGAUCCACAAUCACAUAUUAAAUGGAUAAUUCCGAGAAACCAAUAUGGAAUUCCAAUUGUGGUAACUUCAAGGGAAGUUAAUUGACAAUUGAAAAGGAGUUGAAUGAAUGCUACGUUGAGGUUAAUGAUUAAGGCAACAAGUUCAAAGCUGGACUCGAAGUCAUUAGACCCUCUCAUAUAAUCAUUGAUUCAAAUAAAGUGGAUAACUAUUUGAACAUCAAAUUGAAUGUCAAUCCUAAAAUACCCUAAUCCAAUAAGGUCAAUCCUAACUUUGAUAUUAAAAUUGAAGUCGAUCAACCUCAAUGGUUUGAAUUGGUAAAGACUGACAACCUCUUUGAAUAUAAUAUCAAACCUAUUAUUGCUCAAGAUAAUACUCCUAUGCCAAAGAAGGUGAAGGUUAACGCAUUCAUCUCCAAUCAAUUCAUAUAAUUGGAUGGCAGCAAGGAAAUAGUCUAUGAGAGAGAAUUCUAUCUUCCAAACAACGAAGUGAUCAUUUAAAAUAGUCAACCAAUCCAAACCUUGAGAAUUCCUUAUUAUAGAAACAUUGAAAAAACUCAUCAAGACAAUCAUUUACUAGGAUUGAUAACCACAUCAUUUUCUCAAGGCCGAGUUGAGAUUUAGUUUGAUUUUAGCCAAUGUCACGAACCAACAGAAGGAGAUGCUUAUUUUGAGAAUGGGUAAAAAAUAAGAGUCAAAUUUGUCUAAGAGUCUAGUUAUGAAUUCAUCAUAUUUUUAGCAGCACUAGUCUUCUUUAUCUUAGUAUUAAUGAAUUAUUUCAGAUGAAAAUGUGUGAAAUUUUAUAUCAAUAUAUAUAUAUUCUAUAUUUA